AUGGUCAACGUCCCAGGGCGAAGCAGGGGCUGCUCCACUUGUCGCCGACGCAAGAUCAAGUGCGAUGAGUCCUUCCCAGAAUGUCUGCAAUGCAUCAAAAAUAGAUCGCAGUGUUCUGGUCCUCGAACGGGAGCGUUCUUCGUUCACGCUUUGCCGGACCGAUCAAGUAGGCCCGUGGUGAAACAUACACCAGCACAUUUGCAGUCACAGACUAUCACCAGAAACCACAAGAAAACCAAUGAUUUGAUGCUGUGGCCUCCUUCUGUCGUUUCUAUUCUACAGCCUGAUAGAACCGACAUCUUCGAUCAGCUAUUCGUGUCUCGUUUCAUUGAGUCUUUUGGCUUCCAAGCACCAGCCAAGAACACUCCAUCUCCGACUUGGCUGGAUGAAUUAGCUGCAUUUCUCACACUGCCAGCUCCAAGUUUCGUCAAGCAUUCAAUCCGCGCCGGAACGAUGUUUUUCUACGGUUCGCUGGCUGACGAUGUAUCUAUAAAGACGGAAGCAUGCAGGUGGUAUACGAGAAGUCUUAAAGGUCUACAAGACCUGCUAUCAAAGAAGACAUCGUCCUUUACUGGUGACGUUAUCUGUGCGGUCGUUAUGCUUGCUCACUUCGAAAACUUGGCUGGUACAUCUAAGGAAGCGUGGUUCCAGCAUGUCCGGGCCGCGGCGAGGAUGCUUGAAUCAGGCGGCGCAGAAAGCUGUCGAGAGGGAUUUUUGCACCAACUGUUUCGUCAUUUACGGCUUCUAGUCUUUGUUGCCUCGAUAUUCAAGAAUGAGGAGCAUGUCUUCUCAUCACCUCAGUGGACAGAAAUCCCCUUCGAGCUUUAUCCCAAAGGCCCAUUCGACCGACUUGUGGACAUUCUAUUUGUUUUGCUACCAUGUCUGACAGCUGCGGAUAAACUGAUAAAACUUCAGACUGGAAAUGCAGAGCCUAUCAGGACAAACCUGAGAGCACAGAUUCUGGGUCUAGUAUCACAAUUGCACCACUGGUGGACGCAGUGCACCGCCAUGAUGAAUUUUGGCGAACUAAAGUUAGAGGCGCCGGCAAAUUCUGACAACGAUGAUUCGGAUUUUCAAGCCCUUGACCCCAAUCAUUUCCCUAUUCUUCACCACUCAGAUAUGCCCACGGCUGCUCUUGCUGCGCUAUACGAUGCAGCAAAUAUUUAUCGCUCUGCGGCUGCUCUCGCUUGGUUGGGCGGGCGCGAAAGCGCAAAAGCCUCGAAGCUGUGCAUCAUUAUACGAAGAACGCAUUCAGCGGCAUGCAAGAUCGAUCAUAUCGGCAAAGGAGUUUAUUGCACAUAUUCCAGGGCCAACUUCCAACCGUGGGUCUAUUAUGGUGGGCUUCCCAUAUCAAAUUCUCUGCAUCUGGGGCCCGGCUGCUACGGAUGGAAGUUCUCGUUCUCCAAGUCUUUUUGCCAAGCCAGGCGAGCUCUUCUCUGA